AUGGUUCUCGCAUUUUCCGUCGACGAGGAACUUGAAAUACCACCCGAGAUCUGGCUUCUAGUGCUCGAUUAUCUGGAGCCGCACGACCUUCGCGAAUGCCGGUUAGUAAGCCGGAGCUUGGAACCUCUUGCUGCGUCUUUGUUUUUCAAGACUCUUGUGUUCCAGUUCAGUAGACGUAGUGUUGAUAACCUCGCCCAAAUAGCAGCCAACAAAAGAUUAGCUGGGUAUGUGAGAACCCUCGUGCUUUGGAGAGGUCCGAAACUUGGAUUACGAAGUUUCAAAUCUUUUGAAGAAUGGGAGGAGUGUUUAAUAUGGCCGAAUGAACAAGAUACCAGCGACGACAGCUACUCCAGUGAUGGAUCCAGCAACGACAGCAAAGAAAGUGCCUGGAUGUCUGAAAGAGAUUGGUCUGAAUUGACGCAUACUCAAAAGUCGGGCUUGUAUCGCGACUACAACAAGGAGAGAAAAAUGACACCAGAUGUCAGAGGGUAUCUCAUCAACGGAGUCAAGGAUGCUGUAGAAAAAUUGAUCAAGCUUUCCAAAAUCAUACACGACCCCGUUGUUCGAGGCGAAAGUCAAUGGACUGAGCAAUGGAAACAGCUACGCUUUGAUCACUGGAUCAACCUUCCGUUCUCUGAUUCUUGGGAGAAGGAGCAUGACGUCGAUGCUCUCCACUUUGCAUGUCUGCUGCUAGCUCUUGGGCGUAUCGAAGAACAUCUGACUCAUCUGAAAUCGCUAACUUUCUACGUUGAGGGACCGGCGUUUUGGGGCCCGAAUCGACUACGACAACUCUUCCAAGAGUACGAUCAUCGCAAAAUUAGGCAAUUACGAGAAUCCAUCAUCGAUGCUACACAGGCAGACGUGAUCGCUGAUGGAGACUUUGAUGGCAGCAUGGGAUUGAAUGAUGAGGUUGCCCGACUAGUCAGCAUGGGAAAGAUCGUGCGUCAUCUUACCCAUAUUGACUGCUAUGUCUCCGAUGAAGAUAACAACGGAAGCCUCCUCACUAUAGCGAAGCCGCUCUUCGCGAUUCUUUGCGAUGGCGCGAACUUGGAACAGGUUUCUCUUGCCUUUGGCGACUUCGCUGACCAAGACACUGAAAGCUAUGACAGCUUAAUCUACUAUCAUGAUACAAGACCAGGUCUACUGCCUGCACUAGCACGCCGCAAACCCUGGCCGAAAGUCACCAAGUUGAAACUUUCGAUCGCGACAAACUUGUCUACUUUGCUAGAGUUUCUGGACUCACUCGCGCCGACGCUACGCCAUCUGAUACUAGAGGAAGUUACACUCCUGCCCAGUGAAGACGAAAAAGCAUUAUGGGAAAUUGCUCUUCCGAGCAUAGCAAGUAGCCUUCAGGGACUUCAGCAACUAGAGUUGUCGUUUUUACAGGACUUCCCAAGCCAAGAACAAGGCCCAGAUGCGCGCAAACUUUUGAAUCCUUUCGUGGACGCGUGGCAGGGGAGGCGCGAUUGUUAUGAUCAUCAUAUACAUAUUGUGACUAAUGAUCUCAUGCGUACGCAAGAGCUACAACACCCGCUGGAAUCUGACGCAUUCAUGGAACAACACAACUGGAUCUGCGAGCAUGUAAUUCAACUCACUAGUUAA